GCAGCGGGACGCGAGCGCGCGACCUGGCGCCGCCGCCGCCGCCGCCGCCUCCGCCUCCGCCUCCGCGCUCGUGGCCCGCACCCGCGGGGCCGCCUCCUCCGGGCUCCCCGGCCUCGCUGGGCUCCCGGGCGGGCGGCAGGUGCAGCGCGGCCGGGCGGCUGGCGAAGGGGGCGCCGCGGCAGCGGGUGAAUGAGAGUUGGCCCCGAUCUCCGCGCAGGGGACUCCGACCGUCAUGUUAAGGUAAAGCAGAGGGGCUCAGUGCUGAACAUGCUAAGGAGGCUGGACAAAAUCAGGUUCAGAGGUCACAAGAGAGAUGACUUCCUCGAUCUAGCAGAGUCUCCAAAUGCCUCAGACACCGAAUGUGGAGAUGAAGUGCCCCUGAAAAUACCUCGGACCUCGACCCGGGACAGUGAGGAGCUGAGGGACCCUGCUGGUCCGGGGACCCUCAUCAUGGCUGCAGGAGUCCAGGACUUUAACCGGACAGAGUUUGAUCGAUUAAAUGAGAUCAAAGGUCACCUGGAAAUCGCCUUAUUGGAAAAACACUUCUUACAGGAGGAGCUCCGGAAGCUGAGAGAAGAAACCAACUCAGAAAUGCUUCGGCAGGAGCUGGACCGGGAGCGGCAGCGGCGGAUAGAGCUGGAGCAGAAGGUCCAGGAAGUGCUGAAGGCCAGAUCCGAGGAGCAGACGGCCCAGCAGCCUCCCAAGGGGCAGGCCCAGGCCAACAAUGGAGCAGACCGGCGGAGCCAGGGGCUGUGCCCCCGCGUCCAGAAGUGGUUCUACGAGAAGUUUGGGGAGUACGUGGAGGAUUUCCGGUUCCAGCCUGAGGAGAGCACCGUGGAGACGGAGGAGCCCCUCAGCGCCCGGAGGUUGACGGAAAACAUGAGACGACUAAAGCGUGGUGCCAAGCCCGUCACCAGCUUCGUGAAGAACCUCUCUGCCUUAUCCGACUGGUACUCCAUCUACACGUCUGCCAUCGCCUUCACUGUGUACAUGAAUGCCGUGUGGCAUGGCUGGGCCAUCCCCAUGUUCUUGUUUCUAGCAAUUUUGAGGUUAUCCCUCAAUUACCUCAUAGCCAGGGGCUGGAGGAUACAGUGGAGCAUCGUGCCUGAAAUCUCUGAACCAGUGGAGCCUCCAAAGGAAGACUUGACUGUGUCUGAGAAGUUCCAGCUCGUGCUGGAUGUCGCCCAGAAAGCCCAGAACCUCUUCGGCAAGAUGGCCGACAUCCUGGAGAAGAUCAAGAACCUGUUCAUGUGGGUCCAGCCUGAGAUCACGCAGAAGCUGUACGUUGCGCUGUGGGCCGCCUUCCUCGCCUCCUGCUUCUUCCCCUACCGCCUGGUGGGACUGGCCGUGGGACUCUACGCUGGGAUCAAAUUUUUCCUCAUCGACUUUAUCUUCAAACGCUGCCCGAGACUGCGAGCCAAAUACGACACCCCCUACAUCAUCUGGAGGAGCCUGCCCACGGACCCGCAGCUCAAAGAGCGCUCUAGCGCCACCGUGUCACGCCGGCUACAGGCGGCCUCCUCCCGGAGCUACGUCUCCAGCGCGCCCACCAGCCUCAACAAGGAUGAAGACACUGGCCGCUUCCACGGUACCAAGAAAGGCAGUUUCCACGAGAUCUUUAACUUGACGGAAAACGAGCGACCGCUGCCGGUGUGUGAGAACGGCUGGCGCUGCUGCUUGAUAAACCGCGACCGCAAGAUGCCCACCGACUACAUCCGCAACGGCGUCCUGUACGUGACGGAGAAUUACUUGUGCUUCGAAAGCUCCAAAUCCGGUUCUUCCAAGAGAAACAAGGUCAUCAAGCUGGUGGACAUCACAGACAUCCAGAAGUACAAGGUCCUCUCUGUCCUCCCGGGCUCAGGCAUGGGGAUCGCGGUGUCAACGCCAUCAACCCAGAAACCACUGGUGUUCGGGGCCAUGGUGCAUAGAGACGAGGCGUUCGAGACCAUUUUCAGCCAGUACAUGAAAAUCACGGCGGCCGCGGCAUCUGGCAGCGACAGCUAGUGUUGAUUCUCCCGGGACGAUGCUGGAAGGGUUUUGUUUUGGUUUUGGUUUUUUUGUUGUUUUUUUUUAAACAAUUUGAUAGUGGAAAAACAAUUGGACAUCCUCCUGAUCUUUUGCAAUAAUUCCCCUCGAUCUGUGGUUUUUAUUGUGUUUACCCCGCGAUUCACGGACCCCUUCACGCAGGGGUUGGGGCCCUCAGGCGGUGCCCGCCCAUCUCACGGGUGAGGCGUGUCUCACGGACACAUGGACACGGAGGGCAGGGGAUCCUCGGAGGCCAGCGGAAAGGAGGACACACAGGACCCGCCCGCCCCAGAGGCCGAAGCUCCUCCACCCCGAAGCUGUAGCCGAGGAGCACCGGUGGUCCCUCUUCCCGGGUGUGAAGGAUGUCGGUGAUGAGCGACUCAGAGGCGCCUUCGCCCACCACCCUGAACCGGCCAGUGGGUCUCGCUCCUUCCGCUAGCGAGGCCUGCUGCGAGUCGUCAGAGGGGGGCCCGGGGCAGGGGUGCGGCUUGAUCUGGCUUAGGCUCCGUGCUGACCGGCCGCGGGGCCCCACCUGCCACGAAGGCCAGUGGCCGUCUCGGCCUCCCGAGCCGCCAGGAGGCCCGGGGUCGGUGGCCCCCGUGCCUCCCGAGCCGCCAGGAGGCCCGGGGUCGGUGGCCCCCGUGGCCGUGGAGUGGCGCGCAGGCAGAAGCACAUCUUUUUCACACUCUGCUCUUUGGAAAGCCCCGUAGGCCAUCUACCAAGGCUUUGGGGGGCACUCUGAGCUUGGGUUGCUCUCAGAUGGAAAUCAACCGCAGCAUGGCUGGCGCCGGCCUCACGGCGGAAGCCACCUGUGUUGGUGAGGGAGGGGGCCCUGCGGCCUGGGGUGGGAGCGGCCCGGACACACGGUGGGCCAGGCUUGCGGCCGGUCUGCCCGUGGUUGCUGCGCGGGGGGGUGCUCGGGAGGUCACCGGCUGCGGGGAGUGACCGUGAGCAGAGCCCAGAGGCUUGGGGCCGGACGGUCCGCACCCCUGACGUCUGACAGGGUCCUGGCAGGCCCACCCUCGUGCCAGCACACCCCGGGGUGGGAGUGAGCCGCCCCCCUCCCUGCGCCCAGCACCAGUCUGGGCCCCGCCCAGGACGCCAGCGCGCUUGUGGCCGAGGCCGGAGGCUGCCGUCUGCAGGCUGGGUUCACUUGGGGACAGGCCUGUGACCUCUGUGAAGGACAGGCUGAGAUUGUGGCGGUCAGCGCGACCGCCCUCCUGGUCAGCACACUUCCAACUCCAUCAGUCCAGUUCCUCGGCUUGUCCUGAGUCCUUUGGGCAUCACGGAGAUUGUUGUUUUUUGAAGAAACAGAAGAUUCUAUUUUUUACAGAGAGCAAGCUGUUUUUCUUAUUUUUGUAUCAUUUUUCAGAUGUAAUUUUUACCUUGGCUCCAAUCCUAAUUUGCUGGUUUGGGUGAGUCUGGUGGCAUCGCUCACGUCCCCAUUCACGGGGGGCCAUGGGGGCCGCACGCCGGGCCCGGGCCGCGCUCCUGGGGAGCUGCGCCGACCAGCCUGAUGAAGCACACACCCCACCCGGUCGGUGGGAUCGGAGGGCGCCUGCGGCUCCCCCGCCCCGGUCCGGCUGGCGCUGGCGUUCGCGAGAUCCCGCGGGCCGGCCUUCCGUCAAACUGAAGGCAGCACCCACUCUAAGUCGCGGCUUUGGCUCCCCCCCGUGGGCGCAGGCGGGCCGGCUCCCGAGGCACCCCCGGGACCCUCCCUCGGUGCCUGAGGCGAGGCGGGGUGGGCCCUGAGCGGCCCCCGGGGACGGGCUUCAGGGUGACGCCUGUGGGUGCCACUCACACCCCUCCCCGGGCCCGCCAAGGGGUCGAUGUGGUGGGGCUCGCCCUCCUCAGCAGAGCGGGUGGUUUGGUUCGAGUCCCUUUUGAGGAGAAAGGGAGAUGAAAACUGACCACGUGCGGGGCGCGGCCGCGGGGGCCCUGGGGGUCGUGCGCCAGGGGCCGGGCCCUUGGGGAGAGCGCGGCCCACACGGGCUCCCGGCGGCCCGGCAGAGAGAGCCCGGAGUUUCUAUCAAAUUGUGUAAAUCUGGGCAGAUAUUUAAUUUCUAUGACUAAUCACUGAACUAGAAUGAAUGUCACAUUUUUUAUGUCCGAAGCUUGAGUCUAUUUUGGAUCUGUAAAUAAUCGUUACUGCUGUCACUUUUGUUCAACAAAAGGAUUGUACUGUAUGAAGAACCGAUGAAAAACCCCCGUAACAUUUUUUUAAGAAAACUUCGUUUGUUUAAAGAAGUCUUGUAUAAAUUAUAAUUUUUAUUUAAAUAAA